UGGAGAACUCGUUCUGCCGGUUUAUAAACUGAUUAAGUGAAACUAAAAAAAAAGCUAGUGGUGAGACUAGUAAAAUUAUUAGGUGAAGCUACCAGGGACGUAGACACUUGUAAUGUCACAAUGACAGUAUCGACUUUUAGUCGUAAUUCUUGUUCAAUUUCCUUGCCCUCGCAGCUGCCGACAGGUUUACAUAAUCAAGACCAAUUCAGUCUCAAAGGCAAAGGUCAGGAAUGGGCUUCUCACCGAUGAAAACGCGAUUACCGUGCAGGUGAGGUCGACCCGGUUGACAAGAAUGAACUGUCACGAAAGGUUCUCCCAGUUUCGUGAAACCUCUACGACCAUUGCUGCGUAUACAGUUCUAGGCAUUUCAAGCAUUGUUUUUGCAGUCUUUACAGUAUUUGGGAACUUGCUAAUUCUGCACGCACUUCGUAAAUGCCAAACCUUACACGCUCCAACUAAAGUGCUAUUUUGCAGCUUGGCCUUCUCAGAUCUUGGAGUCGGCAUCAUUGUUUACCCGUUAUUUGCAACGUACUGUUUUGCGGCGGUACUUGACGAUAUUGAAGCAUUCUGUGCCAUUCGAGGACCUUACACCAUUGCAGGGUACUGUUUGGCAUCUGUGUCUUUUUUCACUAUGACAGUGCUAUCUUUGGAUAGAUUUUAUGCUUUUACCACGAGAUUGAGAUACCAUCAGCUCGUUACCUUCGAGAGGGCUGUAUUUCUAUUGGCUGCGUGUUGGAUAUUUGGAUUUAUCUGGCCUUUUUCGUGGCUGCUAAACGAGAAAAUAGCCAUGAUCGUGGCGGCUUUGCUAAUUUUCUGUUGCGUUGUUACAACUUCGAUAUCGUACUUCAAAAUAACAAUUGGAAUACGUCGACAUCAGCGUCGAAUCCAAGAACAACAGACAAUUCCAGACCUACAGCAUCAUGGUGGAAGUCAUUUUAGCAUCAAUCAAUACAAACAGACACUAAACACCAUGAUAAUGGUAUUUUGCCUUCUAAUUGCCUGCUAUCUUCCUUUUUUUGCUGUUUUGCCAUUUACCAUGUCAGAGCCAAAUUCCUAUUCGAUGUUGGCGUUAAACAUCACUUCUGCGAUAAUUAAAUCAAAUUCCCUGCUGAACCCCCUUGUGUGCAGUUGGAGAAUGAGAGAGAUUAGACGCGAAGUAGCGAUUACUCUGCAGUGUGUUUCAUGCUGAACAUUUGGUCCAUGAUCUUAUGGGCACCAGUGGUGGGCCAAGGUAGGGUGCCCUACGCUGGGUCCCAUAAACGCUUUCCAUCUCAGACCCUGCUCUAUUUGCACCCCAGAAUUAUUUAUUCCUGUCCAAAAGAGUUUGAUCUGUACAACUGGUAGCCCGAUUAAGUAAACUUAACGUUACCAUUGGCUGAAAAAAACAAGUACGGUUGUAAUAUAAAUUAGUAUAAAUCUACUAGCGUUCGAUCACCAAUGCCGUUCUCUCCGCAUUGGUUACGCUAUGCACUAUCUAUUCUGUUGUAGGUAGUGGACAACCCGGCAGUGUACAUAUACGGUUGUUUAAGCAACUGUGACGGCCGUCUCUUUGCGUUUUCUAAGUAUCUGUGAAGAAGAUUUAGAAUAGUAGAUUUGUACUAAAACUGAAUUU